AUGGCUGCCCGGAGCGCCCCGAGCUGCCACCUGCGGCUUGAGUGGGUGUACGGCUACCGGGGCCACCAGUGCCGCAACAACCUCUACUACACGGCGGCCAAGGAGAUCGUGUACUUCGUGGCGGGCGUCGGCGUGGUGUACAGCCCUCGGGAGCACCGGCAGAAGUUCUACCGGGGCCACAGCGACGACAUCAUCAGCCUUGCAUUGCAUCCUGAACGAGUAUUGGUGGCAACAGGACAAGUUGGGAAAGAGCCUUAUAUCUGUGUUUGGGAUUCAUACACUGUGCAGACCAUAUCAGUUCUAAAGGAUGUUCAUACACAUGGUAUAGCUUGCUUAGCAUUUGACUUAGAUGGACAGCGGUUGGUUUCAGUUGGACUUGAUUCAAAGAAUGCAGUUUGCAUUUGGGAUUGGAAAAGGGGAAAAAUGUUAUCUAUGGCUCCAGGUCACACAGAUAGAAUAUUUGAUAUUUCUUGGGAUUUGUACCAGCCAAAUAAACUGGUCAGCUGUGGUGUAAAACAUAUCAAGUUCUGGAGUUUAUGUGGAAAUGCUCUGACCCCAAAACGAGGGGUCUUUGGUAAGACUGGUGACCUUCAGACAAUAUUGUGCCUGGCGUGUGCAAGGGAUGAAUUAACAUAUUCUGGUGCACUCAAUGGGGAUAUAUAUGUUUGGAAAGGAAUUAAUCUUAUACGAACAAUACAAGGAGCUCAUACUGCGGGAAUUUUUAGCAUGAAUGCUUGUGAAGAAGGCUUUGCUACUGGUGGCAGAGAUGGCUGUAUUCGUCUUUGGGAUUUAACUUUUAAACCAAUAACUGUGAUUGAUCUCAGGGAGACAGACCAGGGGUACAAAGGUUUGUCUGUAAGAAGUGUUUGUUGGCGAGGUGACCACAUUCUAGUUGGAACACAGGACAGCGAAAUUUUUGAAAUUGUGGUGCAUGAAAGAAACAAACCUUUCCUAAUUAUGCAAGGGCAUUGUGAAGGUGAACUUUGGGCACUUGCUGUCCAUCCGACUAAACCUUUGGCCGUGACUGGAAGUGAUGAUCGUUCAGUCAGGAUAUGGAGCCUAGUUGAUCAUGCACUAAUAGCAAGGUGUAAUAUGGAAGAACCAAUUCGUUGUGCAGCUGUAAAUAUAGAUGGGAUCCAUCUUGCCCUUGGAAUGAAGGAUGGCUCAUUCACUGUACUUAGAGUAAGAGAUAUGACGGAAGUUGUACAUAUUAAAGAUCGGAAGGAGGCAAUUCAUGAGUUAAAAUAUUCACCAGAUGGAACUUACCUUGCUGUUGGAUGCAAUGACAGCUCAGUUGAUAUUUAUGGAGUUGCUCAGCGUUAUAAAAAAUUUGGGGAAUGUGUUGGAUCACUUAGUUUCAUCACUCACUUGGACUGGUCCUCAGACAGUAGAUAUUUACAAACAAAUGAUGGGAAUGGUAAAAGACUUUUUUAUAGGAUGCCAGGAGGAAAAGAAGUGACAAAUAGAGAAGAAAUAAAAGGUGUUCAUUGGGCUUCAUGGACAUGUGUUUCAGGCCUUGAAGUAAAUGGAAUUUGGCCCAAGUAUUCAGAUAUCAGUGAUAUAAACUCAGUAGAUGGAAACUAUAUUGGCCAAGUUUUAGUUACAGCUGAUGACUAUGGAAUUGUAAAAUUAUUUCGAUAUCCGUGUUUAAGAAAAGGGGCCAAGUUUAAAAAAUACAUUGGCCAUUCAGCUCAUGUAACUAAUGUCAGAUGGUCACAUGAUUAUCAGUGGGUUAUUUCUAUUGGUGGAGCAGAUCACUCUGUCUUUCAGUGGAAAUUUAUUCCUGAAAGAAAACUAAAAGAUGCUCUUCACAUAGCACCCCAAGAAAAUCUGGCUGACUCUAAUAGUGACGAAUCAGAUUCAGAUCUGUCUGAUGUUCCAGAACUGGACUCUGAAAUUGAACAAGAGACACAGCUCACCUACCGUCGGCAGGUUUACACGGAAGAUCUACCUCAGCUUAAAGAACAAUACAAAGAGAAACAAAAAAGUGGUACUUCUAAAAGAAGAGAGCGGGCUCCAGGAAAUAGUAUUCGAUUGCACUUUGUUCACGGUUACAGAGGUUAUGACUGUCGAAGUAAUCUGUUCUAUACUCAAAUUGGUGAAAUUGUGUACCAUGUGGCAGCAGUGGGUGUAAUUUAUAAUCGACAACAGAACACACAGCGCUUUUACCUGGGUCAUGAUGAUGAUAUUCUCUGCCUGGCUAUUCACCCUGUGAAAGACUAUGUGGCAACAGGCCAGGUAGGUAGGGAUCCCUCAGUUCACAUAUGGGACACAGAGACCAUUAAACCAUUGUCGAUAUUAAAGGGCUGCCACCAAUAUGGUGUCUGUGCUGUUGAUUUCUCAGCGGAUGGGAAACGUCUGGCUUCAGUUGGAAUAGAUGAUAGCCACACUAUUGUGCUGUGGGACUGGAAAAAAGGAGAGAAACUUUCGAUAGUAAGAGGAAGUAAAGAUAAGAUUUUUGUUGUAAAGAUGAACCCGUAUGUACCUGAUAAAUUAAUUACUGCUGGAAUUAAACACAUGAAAUUUUGGCGUAGAGCAGGGGGAGGAUUGAUUGGAAGAAAAGGCUACGUAGGCACACUGGGGAAAAAUGACACAAUGAUGUGUGCAGUAUAUGGAUGGACUGAAGAGAUGGCUUUUUCUGGAACAUCCACAGGAGACGUGUGUAUCUGGAGAGACAUCUUUCUUGUAAAGACAGUUAAAGCACAUGAUGGACCAGUGUUCAGUAUGCAUGCAUUGGAAAAAGGAUUCGUAACUGGAGGGAAAGAUGGGGUAGUAGCUCUUUGGGAUGACUCCUUUGAAAGAUGUCUCAAGACCUACGCUAUAAAAAGAGCUGCUUUGGCCCCAGGAUCUAAAGGUCUUCUCUUGGAAGAUAACCCAUCUAUACGUGCCAUAUCAUUAGGACAUGGUCAUCUUUUAGUUGGCACAAAGAAUGGUGAAAUACUAGAAGUGGAUAAAAGUGGCCCAAUAACACUUCUGGUCCAGGGACACAUGGAAGGAGAGGUGUGGGGUUUGGCUACACAUCCUUAUCUGCCCAUCUGUGCUACUGUAAGUGAUGAUAAGACCUUAAGAAUAUGGGAUCUCUCUCCUAGUCAUUGUAUGUUGGCUGUCCGGAAACUUAAAAAAGGUGGGAGAUGUUGCUGUUUUUCUCCUGAUGGUAAAGCUUUAGCUGUAGGUCUCAAUGAUGGAAGUUUCUUAAUGGCAAAUGCAGAUACUCUGGAGGAUCUUGUAUCUUUUCACCACAGAAAAGACAUUAUUUCAGAUAUUCGAUUUUCACCAGGUUCUGGGAAAUAUCUUGCUGUAGCAUCACAUGAUAGCUUUAUAGAUAUAUACAACGUAAUGAGUAGUAAACGAGUAGGAACAUGCAAAGGCGCUACCAGUUACAUAACCCAUAUUGAUUGGGAUGUUAGAGGAAAGCUUUUACAGGUCAACACUGGUGCUAAAGAACAGUUAUUCUUUGAAGCUCCCAGAGGGAAAAAACAAACCAUCCCCAGUGGAGAGGUAGAAAAAAUUGGUUGGGCAUCAUGGACAAGUGUGCUUGGUUUAUGUUGUGAAGGAAUUUGGCCAGUAAUUGGAGAAGUCACAGAUGUAACUGCCUCUUGCCUCACCAGUGACAAAACAGUCCUAGCUACUGGGGAUGAUUUGGGAUUUGUGAAGUUAUUUAGAUAUCCUGCUAAAGGAAAAUUUGGAAAGUUUAAGAGGUAUGUGGCCCAUAGUACACAUGUCACAAAUGUGCGCUGGACUUUUGAUGACAGCAUGUUGGUUACCUUAGGAGGUACAGAUAUGUCUUUAAUGGUUUGGACAAAUGAAAUGGAGGGAUAUCGAGAAAAAAGGCCUUGUGAUAGUGAAGAAUCUGAUAUAGAUUCUGAAGAAGAUGGGGGCUAUGACAGUGAUGUCACAAGGGAGAAUGAAAUCAGUUAUACCAUCAGAGCCUUAUCAACAAAUAUUCGCCCAGUGUUUGGAAUCAAGCCUCAUUUGCAACAAAAAGAACCCUCAGUUGAUGAGAGGCAAGGAGUAGUAAGAGGUUCCAGGCCUCCUGUGAGCAGGGCCCUGCCACAGCCAGUGAAACUCCAGACCAACAAUGUCGGCAAGAAAAAGAGACCCAUAGAGGACCUUGUGUUGGAGCUUGUUUUUGGCUAUCGAGGCAGAGACUGUAGGAAUAAUGUUCAUUAUUUAAAUGAUGGUGAUGAUAUAAUUUAUCACACUGCAUCCGUGGGAAUUCUGCACAACAUUGCUACAGGGACUCAGAGUUUUUAUCAGGAACAUAAUGAUGAUAUUCUGUGCCUCACUAUAAAUCAGCACCCCAAAUUUAUCAACGUAGUGGCAACUGGCCAAGUAGGUGAUUCAGCAGACAUGUCAGCUACAGCUCCUUCUAUCCACGUCUGGGAUGCAAUGAACAAGCAGACUUUAUCUAUACUAAGAUGCUACCAUUCAAAGGGAGUGUGUUCAGUCAGUUUCAGUGCUACUGGUAAACUCUUGCUAUCUGUGGGACUAGACCCAGAACAUACAAUUACCAUUUGGAGAUGGCAGGAAGGUGCCAAAAUUGCCAGCAGAGCUGGUCACAACCAACGUAUUUUUGUGGCAGAAUUCCGACCAGAUUCAGAUUCCCAAUUUGUCUCUGUGGGAGUAAAACAUGUUAAGUUCUGGACAUUGGCAGGAAGAGCUCUUCUUAGCAAAAAAGGGCUACUGAGCACACUGCAAGAUGCCCGGAUGCAGACCAUGCUUGCUGUUGCAUUUGGUGCAAAUAACUUGACGUUUACAGGUACCAUCAGUGGAGAUGUCUGUGUGUGGAAAGACCACAUAUUGUGUAGAAUCGUGGCCAGAGCUCACAACGGGCCUGUGUUUGCCAUGUACACCACCCUUCGAGACGGACUUAUUGUCACUGGUGGCAAGGAGAGGCCGUCAAAAGAAGGAGGAGCAGUCAAACUGUGGGAUCAGGAACUGAGGCGAUGCCGCGCCUUCAGGCUUGAGACAGGACAAGUCACAGAUUGUGUCCGUUCUGUGUGCAGAGGCAAAGGCAAGAUACUAGUAGGGACAAGGAAUGCUGAAAUAAUUGAAGUUGGAGAGAAAAAUGCAGCAUGUAAUAUUUUAGUUAACGGUCAUGUGGAUGGACCUAUAUGGGGACUGGCGACACAUCCUUCCAGGGAUUUUUUCCUUUCUGCUGCGGAAGAUGGGACAGUGAGACUCUGGGACAUUGCUGAUAAAAAGAUGUUGAACAAAGUGAAUUUGGGACAUGCUGCUCGUACUGUGUGUUAUAGCCCUGAAGGGGACAUGGUAGCUAUUGGAAUGAAAAAUGGAGAAUUUAUUAUUUUACUUGUGAGCUCUCUAAAGAUAUGGGGAAAGAAGAGAGAUAGACGAUGUGCAAUCCAUGAUAUCAGAUUUAGUCCAGAUUCCCGGUUUCUGGCAGUGGGUUCCAGUGAGAAUUCAGUGGAUUUUUAUGACCUAACAUUGGGUCCCACCCUUAACAGAAUCAGCUACUGCAAAGACAUUCCAAGCUUUGUCAUUCAAAUGGACUUCUCUGCAGAUAGCAGACAUCUCCAGGUCUCCACUGGUUGCUAUAAACGGCAUGUCUAUGAAGUGCCUUCAGGAAAACAUCUUAUGGAUCAGGCUGCCAUUGACAGAAUUACUUGGGCUACAUGGACUAGCAUUCUAGGAGAUGAAGUUAUGGGAAUCUGGUCCAGACAUGCUGAGAAAGCCGACGUCACCUGUGCCUGCGUCUCUCAUUCAGGAAUCAGCCUUGUAACAGGAGAUGACUUCGGCAUGGUUAAGUUAUUUGACUUCCCAUGUCCUGAAAAAUUUGCGAAGCACAAAAGGUUCUUGGGUCAUUCACCCCAUGUGACAAAUAUUCGAUUUACCAGUGGUGAUCGACAUGUUAUUAGUGCUGGAGGUGAUGACUGCAGUUUAUUUGUCUGGAAAUGUGUACAUAUGCCUCAUUGAAAGAUACGGAUGCUGAGAAGACUCCAUAAAGUAACAGCCUUGAGAAACCAGAACUACAGAAGAGGAAAAAACCCAGAACCAAACCCUGCAUGGUCAUGUGGUGCUAACUUAAGACUGUAACAGGGAUUUAUCCAAAUUUGUCAAAACAGUAGAAAGAUUGAUAAGUUCAAAAUAUUUGUUAUAUGCACUAGAUAACUGUCCAUAAUCCAUACACUGCCAGAUAACUACAUUUCAAGGAGGGACUGAAUAAAUAUUUGCUGGUAAAAGCCGCCCCCCAAUUUAGGGAGGAUGCAGAUGUGGCAGACUUCCUGGGGAGGCUCGGGAGGCAGUGCUCCUCAAAAAAACGAACCAAAACCUUAGAAACCCAACUUGGAUACUUUUCUUCCUCUUUUUAGCAAACCUUUUUCUUUUUAGAAUUUAUAUUUUAUUUUCAAGGUUCAAUUGUUUAAUAUUUUAUCCUUGUGUUCACAUAAGGAAAUACACCAUCACCCUAAAGGAUCACAGGUUUUAAAAGGCAAACAUUAUCUUCCCUCAGAAAACACACACAGGCUUUACUGGAGAAUAUGACGCUUCUUAAGCAUUAAUAAUGUCCUGUUUGUAAAAGACAUUUUUCUCCUGGAAAUUUUAAAUUCAGGAACAAAUCCAAAGUUAGUAGUGUAUGAUCACUACAUUUUCACUUUUGAGCUAUCAAUCUUAUGUUCAGAAUUCAUGUCUAUAAUCGAAAGCGUAAAAUAUGAUCAUGGCCUCAUUAAUGAAAAAGUCGUAUGAUGAACAAUCGUUUCCAAUGGUGUACAGUUUAAGGUUUUAUAUAGCAAUAGUAUUUAACUGGCAGAGAAUACUGAAUAUUUAAAGAUGUAGUCUAAUAGAAACAUUGUUUAAUAUGUAAACUAAAGCAUUAAGUUCGCAUUUACGAAGUUAUACAAUUUAGUAACUCUUGAAAUAAAAUUUUUAUAGCCUUUUUUUUCUAUUGGAAAAACUUCAGUUAGAUGUAUGUCACCCCAUCGGCUGACUUCCAAAAGGAAUGAAGAUAGGUCGACUUGUGAAACUUGUCUGUAAAAUUCCUUUCUGGUGGAUUGGGGCUGAACUCUUAGAUCUUGACUCCUCUUCACUUUAAAUGCUGCCAAAGAUCAGUACUUGCCAUUCAGGAACCUGCUCUUUAGCUUAUCUGGAGUUUCCUGAAGACUGGAAGUUACGCAGACUGCUAUUUAAAAAUAUAUUUUUCUAAGUAUGAAGAAGCUUAAGAUGCUCUUUUGGUCCUAUAAUUUUUCAUGUGUUAAUUACCUUCGUAGCAUAAUAGACCCCUUCCUUCAGGUUUCUGGAAAUCUGUUUUCUAUGUGCAACACCUUGUAAAUAUUAAAAACAGCAAUGGCUGAAUUUUAUCAUGGAAAGCCUAAGCAGUGAUGGAACCUGGCCAGUCUUCAAGCUCUGAAUAGCUGUGUCUGAAGGACUGAUUGGGGUGUUUGUUAAGAAGCUUGAAACAUUAAGAUCAUCUUCUUUCAUUUUUAUCAAUGGAUUCUCCUAAACUAAGCCCAAUUUGAGAAAACACUAAUAUUAAGUUUCUAGUCAUGUGUAUUAUAAAGGAGCAGCCAAUAAAUUAGAGCAAAAAAUUCCCAGGAACCACACUCUCCUCUCCAUUUUUGAGGCUGUUGCAGUUUCAAAUUUUCCUUCUGAGUCAAGUUCACCUGCUUCUGGCUAAAGAGAAAUUCCAGCUCCUUUACAGUACAGGUAGAAACUCUUAACUAUAACCUUAAAAAAAUAAACUAUAUAGGAUAAAAUUGCUUCCACUGCAUUUUUAUUCUUCCCAGUGGCCAACCUGAUAAGCCAGCCUGAAUCACUGUUGUCAGUUUCCUGAUUAAAGGUCACGUUGAUUUUAAGUAGUCAUCCCACAGCCACCUUGCUUAUAGCAGCCAUCAACUAAGGGAAGGUGAAUAACCACAAUAGGCCAUGUAGAUUAUGCCCUAUGUUUUCUUAACCCAGAGAAUUAUUUUUGUGUGCAGUAUCUGACUCAACUCACGAAUUUGUAACCUGAGCCUUCUCCUAGCACCUUUAGUCCUGUUUGUGGCAGAUGCAUGCCAAAGCACCGCACCCUCUGCACCCUGGUCCUGCUGUGGAAUGCUAGCCACGUCUAUUCCCUUAUUUUUGGUGAUCUUUUUCGAUGAUGGUUCAUUUUGGACCAAGUUACCCAGCAGAUACUUUAGAGUCAACCUUAGCUUGCCCAUAAACCAUAGCAACUGAAGGAAAAAACUCUUAAAUGUGUCUCCAGGCUGUGUCUAUUAAAUAGCAAAAAACAAUCUGAUUUCAGCAUUUUUAUUUCCCUGUAAAAUGGCUGAACUAAAACCACUUUAAGCUCUUGUUUCCCAGUUAUGUUCUUUACAGUGAAUUAUGAGAAUGCAACUAUACUCCAUUUAUAAGUAAUGAUACUAAAAAGUCCGUUUAAAUUUCUGGAAAUACAAUUUAAAACAAAUUUCUUCUGCACAGAUGUAAAGCAUCUCAAGUAAGUUAACACUGGAAUGAAAAAAUACCUUCAAUUCAAUGAAGAAAACUUUUUAGAAUGAAGCGGAAUUGUCAUUCACUUCACCCAAGCCUAACUAACUACAUGAUGAUAGCUUUAUGCAUGCUCUUGUGUGCACUUUUUCUAAUGUUUCAAGUCUUAUAAGCACAGCAAAGUGCAAC